AUGAAUGUCGUCGGAAAAAUUGCCACGCGAUCAAAACCCGACUUUAUAAAAAUAGUUAAUGUUUGCCGGUACAAUAAUUUGACCAAAAGACCUGGAAAUGGAAAUUGUUCUAUGAAUAAUGUUCUUUAUCACAUGAUACUAUCUGUAACCACUCAUUUCCUUUUGAGCCAUAAUGUUUUCGUGCAUAAAGAACCUGUUACGCAGAAACGAUUUUCCGAUUCUAAAUAUCGUCAAUAUUACUGA